UCAAGUCAAAACAAUAAAUCCAAAGAACCCCAUCUCGGCAUUUCGGAUUGCACAACAAUACAGUCACAGAAACAGAGAAAAAACAAAGAAAAUGGAUGCAGAAACGGAGUCUCCGGCGCCGGAAACAUCGCCGGCGGUGAUCCACCCGGCAGUGGCACCAAUCUCCUACCUUCUGGGCACAUGGAGAGGCCAAGGAGAAGGAGGCUUCCCCACUAUCAAUUCCUUCUCCUAUGGCGAAGAGCUUCACUUCUCACAUUCCCCCAACAAGCCCGUGAUAGGGUACACUCAGAAGACAUGGAAACUCAGCUCUGGAGAGCCUAUGCAUGCUGAGAGUGGAUACUGGCGUCCUAAACCUGAUGGCACUAUUGAAGUUGUGAUUGCUCAAAGCAAUGGUCUUGUGGAAGUUCAGAAAGGAACAUACAGCGCUGAAGAGAAAGUGAUACAGCUUCAGAGUGAAAUAGUGGGGAACGCUUCUAAGGUUAAAGAGAUAAGAAGAUGUUUCCAGCUGGUUGAUGGGAAUCUUUGUUAUGACGUUCAGAUGGCUACCAAUAAAAUAACUCUUCAACCACACUUGAAAGCGUCACUGAAGAAGCUCUAAAGCAAACAUCUUCCCCAAUUACUUGCAGAAGGAUGUACAUCAGUAAUAUGGAGCCAUCCAAUGUGACUCUUUUUUAACAACAAUUUAGGUCACCUUGGUAAUUUUCUGUUAAUUAGCAAAAUGAUCUCCUUUACAACAACCUAUAUGCAAGGUUCUGUCUGACAUGUUCACAAGUCUUUUAUACAAGGUCUUCAAGACCUAAUGUUUGAAGAACCUGACAUGACAUAGUUUUAUUGGAAACAACCAAGCUGGAAAAAUUGUGCUUCUCCUAUUCAUUUAUAAUAUAUGCUUGAUUUUAACUUCUUUA